AUGGCCUCCGACGCAGCAUCCCAGGUUUCCGUUGGCGCUUUAAGUGCAAUCUUCGAUGAAACAAAACCUCAGAUACUGGAGCCCGUUGUCCAGUGUGUCCAGAUCAAACCGUUGCCACCUCAACAGAACAAUCAAGAGCGCUACAGAGCCGUUUUCAGUGAUAUAUCCAACUAUGUCCAGACAAUGCUAGCGACUCAAGCCAAUCGAUUUGUUACAAGUGGGCAACUCCGGAAAGGCUGUUUCGUUAGGCUCAAGUCAUUCCAGGCGAAUUCGGUGAAGGGGAAGAAGAUCCUUAUAAUUUUGGAUCUAGAGGUCUUGCAGGAUUUAGGCGAGGCUGAGAAAAUAGGAGAACCCAAGCCCCUAGAGAGUAAAACAGAAGAGGAGGAGAAGUCCCAGCCUACCACGAUAUCAAGCAACGGGUUCUAUGGCUCUAAAAUUCAAGGAGGACAACUCCAAGCACCCAACAAAUCAGCCCAGCCACAGCCCGCAGCAGCUUCAGCACAUGCCACCAUUUACCCCAUCGAAGCUAUCUCGCCUUAUUCUCACAAAUGGACCAUCAAGGCACGGUGCACGAGCAAGUCAAAUAUCAGGACCUGGCAUAACAGGAAUGGAGAUGGUAAGCUCUUCAGCGUCAAUUUGCUGGACGACAGUGGCGAGAUCCGUGCAACUGGGUUUAAUGAUCAGUGUGAUAUGCUCUAUGACGUCUUCCAGGAGGGCAGUGUUUAUUACAUCUCUAGCCCAUGCGGCGUGAAGCUUGCCAAGAAACAGUUUACCAAUUUGAACAAUGACUAUGAACUCACAUUUGAACGGGAUACGGUUGUUGAAAAGGCAGAGGAUCAAGCCGACGUUCCACAAAUCAGAUUCAGCUUUACGACCAUCGGUGACCUGCAGUCUGUCGAGAAGGAUACCACCAUUGAUGUAAUUGGAGUACUGAAAGAGGUUGCUGAGGUUUCUCAGAUUAUGUCCAAGACCACCAACAAGCCUUAUAACAAACGUGAGCUUACAUUAGUGGACAGCACGGGGUUUUCCGUUCGCCUAACUGUCUGGGGAUCAACUGCGCUGAAUUUCAACGUGACACCCGAGUCUGUAAUAGCGUUCAAGGGUGUGAAAGUGUCUGACUUUGGAGGUAGAAGUUUAAGCUUGCUGAGUUCAGGUUCAAUGACGGUUGAUCCUGAUAUUGAGGAAGCCCACAAAUUGAAGGGUUGGUACGACGCUCAAGGCCGGGAUGGAGUCUUUGCUUCACAUGCUUCAAUGCCUGGUGUAGCCGCAUCUACUACAAAACUUGAACAAUUCAAGACUGUCGCACAGGUCAAAGAGGAGCAAUUGGGUAUGUCAGAUGAGGUGGCCUAUUUCUCACUGAAGGCGACUGUUAUCUACAUCAAGCAAGAUACCAUGUGCUAUCCUGCCUGUCUUUCUGAAGGUUGCAAUAAAAAAGUAACAGAGCUUGAUCCUGGCCAAUGGCGGUGUGAACGUUGCGAUAAAACUCAUCCACGACCAGAGUAUCGCUAUAUAAUGCUCAUUAGCGUUAGCGAUCAUACUGGACAACUUUAUCUCAGCUGUUUCGAUGAAGUGGGCAGGUACAUGAUGGGCACUUCCGCAGAUCAGCUCAUGGAGAUACGCCAGAACGAUGACAAAGCAGCCGGAGAUAUUUUCCAGGAUGCAAAUUGCCGAACUUGGAAUUUCAGAUGUCGGGCCAAGAUUGACAAUUUUGGUGAUCAACAACGCAUUCGUUGUCAGAUAGUAACGGCGAAACCGGUUAAUUAUUCUGAAGAGGCACUGCGCCUUGCGAACAUGAUCGAUUCAUAUAGUGUUUCGUGA